AUGUCAAUCACUGUGCUUGGUGUCAGCCGAAACAUGGCGGACUACAAGGAGGCACCUCUGGCUACUCGGCCGAAAACAUUGGACCCAGCGGAGUAUUUUAAUGUUUCUCCGGAGUAUCGAAGGGCUGAAGAGGAACGCGCUUCGAUAAGAGCUCAGCUGAAGCGGCAGUACCAGCUCCAGCUCAACAAUCCCCUCCGAAAAGAGCUCAUUGAGGACCCUGCCCUCACCCGCUGGAUAUUCGCACGUACCGAGGUAUAUAACCACUUCAGACCAUCGCCCAAAUCAUCGCUGAUCGCCGGCUUGGUUGGAGUCGUCCCACUUUUUGUGCUGUAUUAUGUACUGAAGACUGACAGGGACAAGAGGGAGCAGCAGAUAAAAGAUGGAACUUACCAGCGCCCCUACAGACUUUCAUACUGAGCACUCGCUUGUAUUAUUACUUUAAUAUUAAAUUUACUUGUAACUAAUAAUAAAUUCCCUUUAUUGAAGGACA